AUGCUGAGGGUGUCGGGGGCCAUGCUGAGGGUGCCGGGGGCCCCGCCGGCCCCGGGGGGCUACGAGUGGCACUUCCAGUGCUCCGUGGGGGUGGACUGUAGCGACGCCGAGCCUCGCUGCAUUUGGCUGGCGGUCUUAAGGGGGGUCGCGCCCGGCGCCUGUCCUCGUCCAACACCGGUCCCAUCGCCACGGCGACGGGGCCCCAGGGGGCUAGUACAGCGCCACCGCUUCUCCUGGGCUAAAGGGCGAAGAGAUGGCAUGGUGUCGUCCAAUGAGAACAGACGCAGGCCGCUGUCCUCGGGGGAGGUGGAGGGCUGGUCCAGGCCGGGCCCGCACACCCUGCUGCUCCAGAAGAGUCCUCAGGGGUUCGGCUUCACGCUGCGCCACUUCAUCGUCUACCCGCCCGAGUCCGCUCAGCACGUCUCUAAAAGCCGGAGCUGUCAGGAUGAAGAGAACGGCAACGCGACCGGAAACGGUUGCCCGCAAUCUCGCUUGGAGCCCAUGGACACCAUCUUUGUGAAGAGCGUGAAAGAAAAUGGCCCAGCGCAGCAAGCCGGACUGUGUAAAGGUGACCGACUGGUGAGGGUGAACGGGGAGAGUGUUCUGGGGAAAACCUACUCUGAAGUGAUUGGACUGAUCCAAAAUAGCAAAAGUGUUUUGGAGCUGUCUAUUAUGUCAAAAGAUGAGGACGUGUUGCAGUUGGCCUACUCACAGGAUGCGUACCUGAGAGGCAACGAGCCGUACACAGGUGAGGCGUACCACCUCCCGGAGCCCCCCCCCCCCUGCUAUCCCUCCGCCCAGCCCCCCCCCCCCGCUCCCCCCACGGCUCCGGGGGGCCGGAGGACUCCGGCCAGCAUUUCCCCCCCCCGGGGCGGCAUCGGGCCCGCCUUCAGCGCGCUUGACUUCCACCUGGCCAACCACAACGCCGCCAUCGCCUCGGCCACUCUGCCCCCGCCCCGCAAGAGCAGCCUCCCGGCCCCCGCCCCCACGCACCCCGACUCCCUCUGCCAGCGGGCCCUGUCGGACUGGUUCUACAGCCACAGCGAGGAGCCCUGGUCCUGCCGCCCCCUCAGCGUGUCUGAGGACAGCCUGCCGGGGCUGGGCCUGAGGCCCGGCCCCCGCAGGGCCCCCCCCCCGCAGCACAGGAGGGAGACCCUGCUGCAGCAUCACCAGGCGGCGGCCCAAUCCCACGAUUCCUGUUGGCUGGGCGGCGUGGCGGCGGGCGGCGGGCGGCCGUGCUCGGCGGGCCUGCGGGCGGCCUACGCGGGCUACCAGCACAGCUACGGCCGCUCGCUGCAGGCGCUGGCCCACGCCUCCGCGCUGGUCCCACACAGCCCCCCCAACGCAACACCACAGGACAAGAAGAAAAAGGAGGCCUCGGCGGAGCAUCACCACCACACAAACCCCGUCCCCUCCGCUGGGCAUCCCGGGGACAGGCCGUCCGGUCAGCAGCUGGCCGAGCCCCAGACCAGCCGCAUAAAGGAGGAGGAGCUAGUGGGCUACAAAAGCUACAGCCCCUCCUUCUGCCGCAAAGCCGACCACCUCCUCCAACAGGCCACCUCCUUCAGAGAGCCCAAGUACAGCGGCCCCCAGCUCACCUGGAGCCCUGACAGCAUGGGGGACAGUAAUGGGGGGCUGGGGCCCCGGCCCCAGUCCACCCCCGCCCUGCUGACCUCAGAGGAGGAGGCCUUUCAGCUCGCCCAGGACCGAGAGGUCAUCUCCUCCCUGUCCUUACAUCAAGAAGUGGUCCGGAGACAGAAUCUGCCAGCAGGCAGAUGGCCCCCCUCACCCGUGGAAUCACCAGAGCCUCCCGGUCUGGCCUCCCCAUGUGGGACUCCCUCCCCGGUCCCUGGUGGAGCGGGCCACAGGGCCAAUGGCAGUCUGGCACGGCACGCCUUCGACUCCCUGUCCUCCAUUCCCUUCAUAGGCGGCAUUAAAGGCCGGCGCUCGUCCUACCUGCUGGCCAUCACCACUGAGAGAUCCAAGUCUUGUGAUGAGGGGCUCAACACUUUUAGGGAGGAAGGACGUGUCUUCUCUAAACUACCAAAAAGGGUCAAGAGCUUUUUUACAGACGGGUCUCUGGAGAGCCUGCGAGUCCAGGAAGAAGCACGAUCGAAGCGGCACUCCACCUCUGAGCUGGGAACCAUUACCUUCAGCGAGAUCCGCAAGGAGGGCUGGCUGCACUACAAACAAAUCCUCACAGAGAAGGGAAAGAAAGUUGGGGGCAGUAUGCGGCCUUGGAAGCGCGCCUACACUGUCCUCCAUUCCCACUCGCUCUUCCUCUACAAAGACAAACGGGAAGCUGUGCUUCAUGGUGCGGGGGCAGGGCCCAGUCAGGAGGAAUAUUCCCCCAUCAGUAUCAGGGGUUGCCUGAUAGACAUCGCGUACAGUGAAACCAAGCGGAAGAACACCCUGAGGCUGACCACACAGGACUUCUGCGAGUAUCUGCUGCAGGCCGAGGACCGGGAGGACAUGCUGGCCUGGAUCCGCAUCAUCAGAGAGAAAAGCAAAUCCGAUAACGAGGAGAUCGGCUUCUCGAGGCAAGCCCUCAUCAACAAGAAGCUGAAUGACUACAGAAAACACAGCCUCACAGGUAACAAACCGGACUCCUCUCCCAGAGCCCAUCGCAUGAUGCCUCCCUUCCUGCUGUCUAAGACUGACAACGCCUCAGGACAUCGAUCGGCCAGAGCUGGUGAUGAUAAGGCUCUGUGGGGCAUCAACAUCAUGAAGAAGGCCAAGAAGACGGGCAGUCCCAAAGCGUUUGGGGUGCGACUAGAGGACUGUCAGCCCGCUGUUAACCACAAAUUUGUCCCUCUGAUAGUGGAGAUGUGCUGUGGGGCUGUGGAGGCCACGGGUCUGGAGUACACCGGGAUCUACCGCGUGCCCGGAAACAACGCCAUGGUGUCCCACCUGCAGGAGCAUCUCAACAAGGGCCUGGACAUCAACACGGCCGAGGAGAGGUGGCAGGAUCUCAACGUGAUCAGCAGCCUGCUGAAGUCAUUCUUCCGAAAACUGCCUGAACCUCUGUUUACAGACGACAAAUAUAAUGACUUCAUUGAGGCCAACCGGAUAGAAGAUGCUGAGGACAGACUCAGGACUAUGAAAAAACUGAUCUGCAAUCUCCCAGAUCACUAUCAUCACACCCUGAAGUUCCUAGUGGGCCACCUGAAGAGGGUGGCAGACCACUCUGAAAAGAACAAGAUGGAACCCAGGAAUCUAGCCCUGGUAUUUGGUCCCACCCUGGUGAGAACAUCGGAGGACAACAUGACUGACAUGGUCACCCACAUGCCCGACCGUUACAAAAUAGUGGAAACACUUAUACUCCAUUAUGAUUGGUUCUUCAGCGAUGGAGAGCUUGUUAAGGACAACAAGACCCCAGAGGUCAGGGAGGACAUGCAGCCGGUGCCCAACAUUGACCAUCUGCUGUCCAACAUCGGAAGGCCUGGUAUGCCAGGAGAGGCGUCAGAUUCCACCACCAGCGAUUCAGUUAAGUCAAAGAUUUCUUUAGGUUCCAGGAAAGACCUGAAUGCCAGGGACCUCCUUCCCAAGUCGAUCAUCAGUGCUGUGACCCGCAAACGUAAAAAGAGCCUGAGCGUCCACCUGCCGGGCAGCAGCGCCGAGGAGGACUCCGAACACGAGCCGGCCCGAGCUGCAGACCACGCCGAGGAGAGGCCAGAGAGGGAGGAGGAGAGGAGAGGGAAAGAGCCUGUAAACGGUGUACCCGUCUCUCCUAAGAAGGAAAAAAGGCAGGGGAAAGAGAAAGUGGUGGGGGCUCAAAGCCCGGUGGACGGUAAAGCAGAGGGGGGGCCAGAGGUCAGCAGAGACGUGAAGAAGGAGGCGGACAGCAGUGUGAGGAACCUCCAGAGGCCCAGAGGGCAGAGAACCACCCCCCCGCUGCAGCACCCCCGGCCAAUCAGCUUCCUCUACUCACAUCAGCAGGUGCUGGCCACCCAGCCGAAGCCCCCCCCCGCCGCCUGCCCCCCCUCCUACCUGAGGACCCACGACCAGAGCAGAGCACGCCCCGGCGUUCCCUUCUGGGUUUCACCCAGCAGGCCUCCCAACCCGGACCGGGCCCAGCCGUCCGCCCGGAGCCAGGCCGCUCCACUCCGCCACAGGAAGACCCGGGGGGGGGCGCUGAGGGCCAUGUCCAUGAACCUGGAGCUUGAGCUGGACAGGAGUGAGGAAAAGGUCAGAGGGUGGAGAACAGACAAGGUGGAGAUCAUAAGAGUCACUGAAACUCCAGCUCAGCCUGGGUCUACUGGACCGGGGUCUGGUCAGAGAGUGGAGGUCCUCCCUGAACUCACCCAGAGGGGCGCAGCGUUCUCCUCCCCAGGCCCCCCCGCCGUGGUCCUGAGGAGAUCUGCCCUGGAUCCCCGGGACCGGACGAGGGCGUGGCGGCGUCACACCGUGGUGGUCUGACCUGGACGUGGGCUCUGCUGGGACCUGCCGCUGACCACAGGGCAAACCGGGGGGGGGGGUUCUACUGCUUCAGGGUUCUUUUACCAGAGUUUUUAAUGGCGCCAAAGUUGGAAACAGUAUUUGAUGGUGAAGAGAUCUUUGAUUUGCAGCUGGUCUUUCUACUGGUUUCUGCUCUCGGUUCUUAUCCCAAAAUGUUUAAAGUGUGAGCAGAUCCUGUUUCUGCUCACUGAGGACAGCAGCUCAGAUUAAGUCAGGAGGACUUCAGGUUAUGUUUACCUCUCAGACCAUUACAAGCUCUUCCAAAGUCUCCUGAACAUUUCCAGCCGUCUCCCUGUGGACUUAAAGCAGCCAUGCAUGGGGUCAGAGACAGAAGAAUAUGCAAUCCAUACGUUUUACACUCCACACAAGCCUGUUGUGCGUCCCUGUGUGCGUGAGGGUGAGCUGUGAGUCUGUUUUGUCAAAUAUGAAGUGUUUAAGGCAGCUAUGAGAAGUUAUGCCAAAAAGAUGUUUUUUUCCUUUGUUCAUUUGUGAAAGCAGCAUCAGAAUGAUGCCAAAAAAAGCAGAUUGAUGUUCCUAUUUAUACACGUAAUGAAACAACUGGAGUAAAGAAAUAAUCUCAGAAUUUAAAACCAGUCAUACUUCGGUGUUCUUUUCCUAUUCAGUUUCUUUAUAUUAGCUUCCUUCCAAAACAAUGCUGCCAAUCAGUGUCCUCCUAACUGACUCCAUGUCUGUCUUAAUCAUAUCUUGAGCUCAAACCUUUUGUCUCUGCCCUUAAAUGUGUACUUCAUGUAUGUGGGUGACUGUCCGUGGACCAUUUUGUAACUGUUGUAAAAAGCAUUGUUAAAUUAACCUCUGUAUGUGUAGAUAUAUGUGUGUAU